UUUGUAUAGAAUCUAGGGUUUCAUCUUAUUCAAGGGCAUUCACCCCCGGCUUCGUGCUAAGAUGGACGACGUGUUCGAAGAGGAGGCAGAGCAGACAGUGACGAUCCAUGAGUACCUUAAGGAUGUCGAAGAACAAGAGCUAGAAGCGGAUUUGGUUUUGGGAGGGGAUGAAGGCAAGGAGUGCACUUACAACAAAGGUUAUAUGAAAAGGCAGGCGAUUUUCUCGUGCCUGACAUGUACUCCAGAUGGUAAUGCUGGGGUUUGCACAGCAUGUAGCCUCUCUUGCCACGAUGGACACGAGGUCGUGGAGUUAUGGACGAAGAGAAACUUCAAGUGUGAUUGUGGAAAUUCAAAAUUUGGGGCGUUAUUCUGCAAGCUUUUUGCAAAUAAAGAUCCAGAAAAUUCGGGGAAUGCAUACAACCAUAAUUUCAAAGGUUCCUAUUGCGAAUGUGGUCGCCCUUACCCAGAUCCAGAUGCUGAAGAACAGGUGGAGAUGAUACAGUGCUGCAUCUGCGAGGACUGGUUCCAUGAGAACCAUUUGGGUCUUCAGUCUCCUGAUGAGAUACCAAGAGAUGACGAAGGUGAACCAUUUUACGAAGAUUUCAUCUGUCAAGAAUGUGCUGUUAUCUGUUCUUUCUUGACCCUCUAUCCUCGAACCAUUUGGGCACCAUUGAGGCAAAGUGAUGCUCAGAUAGGUACUAGCAAAGAGAGUAACGUGCUGGGAGAUGCACAAUCAGCUUGUCCUUCCUCUCUGAAACUUGAUAAUGACAUUUGUUCUUCGGAGACAUUAAAAAAAGACUCUUCACCUCUCAGAGAAAUGUCUGCAAAAAUUAUAAGUUUAGAAGGUAAUGCUUCGGUAGAUGCACCAUCAGUUUGUUCGGCGGGGAAGCUGGAGGAGGGUGUAUUGCUUGCAGAAAUGCCUAUGAAAAUUAUGAAUUUAAAGCAGUGCUCACAGAAUCCUGAUGUAAGUUCCAGAUGCAUAGUUGGAGUAGAUCUCCGAGUAGCUCCAUUUGUCUUGGAGAAAGAGAAGCCAAUGUUCCUCUCCAAAAACUGGAGAGAUCUUCUAUGCAGGUGUGAUACUUGUACAGAAUUCUAUGCCUGCAAGGGUGUUUGCUUUCUGAUUGACAAGGAGGACACAAUUAUAGAAUAUGAGAAAAUGGCAAAGCAGAAGAGGGAGGAGAAGUUGCAGCAGCAGGAAGGAGUGGAGUUAAAUUUUCUCAACGGAUUAGGUCACGUCGAAAAAUUGGAGAUCAUGAAUGGGAUUUCAGAUAUGCAAAAUGAGCUUCGAUCCUUCCUGGAGUCUUCUGACCCAUCAAAACCAGUCACAACAGCCGAUGUCCAUCAGUUCUUUGAUAAUCUUUCAAAGAAGCGCCGGCGUAUACUGUAAGUUAUUUCCUGGAUAUUAUCAUAGACGUUUGUUUAACUGUAGCCUGUUGCACCUGGUUUUGGAUAAGAUCUCGAUUUGGUGACGAUUCCAAAUGCACGUAUAUUCU